GGCAGUUUACUCUUCAGUAUUUUGGAUUUUCCACUCACACUGCAGCUAGUUCAGGCUGAAUGGGAUAAUAACCAUAAAAUCCGUUCUUAAGUACUUAAAUCUUCUUUGUCAGCAGGACUUAAAACAGUCGGUGAUACGUGCAAGCAGAAGAAUCUUCAGUAUUGCUUUGCUGAGUUAGUUGCAAAUACAAUAGAAGAUAUUGACAAAUAACAAACCAUUUGGUAUUGCUGAAAAUAGGGUCUUCUUCUUCAGCUGGAUUUGUACCUGUUCUUCCUGCAAGAAAGACAUGUUUUUUGUCAAGAUAUGCUGAAGUUUAAACAAAGAAACAGACCCUCCCCUAUUUCCUACUACACGGAUUUUACAAGAGGACAAUAUGUUGGUGAUGAUGACAGAAUUCGACUUGCCCACAACACUGGUAACCAGUUUUUUUCAGAAAGUAAUUAUAUUUAUUAUAUUGAAGAUGAGGAAGAUGAUGUAGAAGAACUUAAGUGGGCAGAAAGAGAGGAAAAAAGGUUGGAUGGAUGGAGAAAACAAAGUAUUGCUGCACAAAAAGAGCGUGGGAUCUAUGAAGAUGACGAAGACAUACGUAUACUUUCUCCUUCUUAUUAUGGAAGAAAGAGGAGAACAUCUCUACACAUUAAUGUAGGGGGAACUAACUAUUGUAUUUCUUAUGGUGUGGCAGCCAGUUAUCCAAAGACCCGAAUAGGCAGGUUGGCUACAUAUACUGACCGUCAGCGCAAACUAGAUCUGUGUGAUGACUACAACCCACAGGAGGAUAUAUAUUUUUUUGAUCGAGAUCCAGCCAUUUUCCAUCACAUUUACAAUUUUUAUCGUACUGGGGUGUUAUGGGUAAGGGAUGAACUAUGUCCUCGCAGUUUCCUGGAGGAGAUACAUUAUUGGGGUGUAAGGGUAAAGCAUACACCACGAUGUUGUCGUAUUUCGUUUGAAGAGAGACAGGAUGAGCUUAAUGAACAGCUAAAAGUGCAAAGAGAGCUGAGAGCUGAAAUGGAGACAGAAGAAAACGAGGAACUAUUUAGUGGGAUGCUUUAUGGACACCUAAGACGUCAAAUAUGGAACUUGAUGGAAAAACCAUUUUCUUCAGUGACGGCUAAAGCAAUGGCAGUAGCAUCAAGUAUUUUUGUCCUUAUAUCAGUGGUUGCUAUGACUCUUAACACAGUAGAAGACAUGCAGUAUAAAAAUGCUGCAGGGCUUCCUAGUGGAAAACCAUACCUUGAACAUGUGGAGACACUUUGUAUUGCUUUCUUCACCCUGGAAUACCUACUGCGCCUCAUCUCCACACCUGACGUACAACAUUUUUUGCGCAGUGUCCUUAAUGCUGUAGAUUUGAUUGCUAUACUUCCUCUGUAUUUGCAGUUGCUUCUUGAGAGGUUUGCUGAUGAGGACCAUAGUGGCAAAGGCUCCAGCCAUGAACAUGAGAUUGAGGCAGUAGGACGGGUUGGAAAACUUGGGCAGGUUCUGAGAAUCAUGAGGCUCAUGCGUAUCUUCCGCAUACUGAAGCUGGCACGUCAUUCCACUGGACUCAGAGCAUUUGGAUUUACCCUACGUCAGUGCUACCAACAAGUAGGAUGCCUCCUUCUCUUCAUCGCCAUGGGCGUUUUUUCUUUUUCUGCCAUGGUCUACACAGUUGAGCAUGAUGUGUCUGGAACUAAUUUUACCAGCAUCCCCCAUGCUUGGUGGUGGGCAGCUGUCAGCAUAUCAACUGUGGGGUAUGGAGACAUGUACCCCGAAACCCACCUUGGAAGACUGUUUGCUUUUCUUUGUAUUGCUUUUGGCAUUAUUCUAAAUGGAAUGCCGAUCUCAAUUUUGUAUAAUAAAUUUUCCGAUUAUUACUCCAAACUAAAGUCCUAUGAAUAUACAACUAUACCCAAGAAGCGAGGAAAAGUUCACUUCACUGGAAGAGCCAUGCAGAAGAAAGAAAAAUAAUAUUGGUGGUGUUUUAUUGGGCACAGGCCAAGUGUUUCCAUGGCCUCCGCAUUAGAGGGCCCUGGUGAAAGAAAAACUGAAAAGCAGAAUGAACACUUACUGGUACUGGUAAAGUCCUGCCACCUCUCCUCCAUCAGGAAGCCGUGUGGCUGCAGCCUAAUUCUGACAAAGUGCCUUCCGUGAUGCUGCCUCCAUGUCCACCUUCACUUAGUCACACCGCUUGUCUAGCUGUGGGCAAUAACUCGUUAGUGAGUUAUUUAUGCCUGCUUCCUAGACCCCCCUUCCUGGAUCAUUGGCCUUUUUGCUGAUUCAAUCCCCAGUUCCUGAAGAGCUUUCCUGAUUUUGUGAUCCUGUAAUCCUGUUCUUAUCCUUUCACAGUUCCCUCUGGUAUCUGAUCUCCUGGUAUUGACUUCAGCCUGUUUACUGACUCUGCAUGGUUUCUGCCUGUCCUGACCUUCUGCCUAUGUCCUGGUUUAUGUUUG